AUGUCAACGUACGCGACGCACAAGAGCCCGCACGUCACUCAUAUCCCGACCUUGACAGGAGGCAUUGGAGCAUCAGAGCUUGAACGCUUCUACAAUCAAUUUUUUGGCAACCCCCCAUCAAUGAAACUAACCCUAAUUUCUCGCACCAUUGGGGCCGAUCGAGUAGUCGACGAGGUUCACGUCCGGUUUAAGCAUACUGAGGAGAUGCCUUGGAUCUUGCCCGGGGUCCCAGCAACAAGCAAGCGGGUCGAAGUGCUUGUGGUCAGCAUCGUUGGACUGAAAGGAGGCAAGCUUUAUCAUGAGCAUGUCUAUUGGGACCAGGCCAGUGUUCUGGUGCAAAUUGGCUUGUUGGACCCGAAAAUAGUACCAGAUGCGGCACGCAAGAACGGAGUGCAGAGGCUACCAGUCGUAGGAAGAGAAGCGGCUAGAAGAGUCCUGAAGGGAUGGGACCCGGACGACGAAGGAGAAGCUGACAAUGAACUGAUAUUGGGUUGGGAUGAGACGGAAACCGGAGACGAUAGGAACAAAAAGGGAGUAGUUAAAGGUGGGGAAUCACCCAAGAAGAGAACUUCUGACAAGGAGAGUGUGCCCGAAAGGGCAAAAUCCUCUACGGAACACUCUGGCGGUAAAUGA